AUGUCUCUCCCGCACAAGACUCUGCUUGUGACCGGCGCUACAGGCAAGCAAGGCGGCGCCGUCAUCAGCAGUAUCCUCGCCUCCACCCAAGCAGCCUCCUUCAACAUCAUUGGCGUGACCCGCAAUAGCGCAAGUGACGGUGCACGCCGACUAGCCGCCCUCCCAGGCGUCUCGGUGGUCGAGGGUGAACUCUCUGACGUCUCUGCCAUCUUUGCCCAGGUCGGCCCCGUGUGGGGUGUCUUCAGCGUGAUGGUCAAUUCCAACGACGAGGAGCGCUACGGCAAGGCCAUGGUCGAUGCCGCCGUCUCGCAUGGCGUACAGCAUUUUGUCUAUGCCUCGGGCGAUCGCGGUGGACCGGUCAAGUCCAACUUUGACCCGACCAAUGUCAAGAACUUUGCGGCCAAGUACAACAUCGAGAAGCACCUCAUCGCUCAGGCGACACUCAGUCCGCAACAAAUGACCUAUACUAUCCUGCGACCCGUCACCUUCUUCGAGAACCUGACUGCCGAUAUCCACGGCAGGGGCUUCGUCCGCAUGUGGGAACAGCUCGGCACCAAGAAGCUUCAGUUUGUGGCCACCUCAGACAUUGGAUGGUUUGCAGCCCGCAGCUUCCUGGAUCCCUCUGCACAUGCGGGUGCCGCCAUCACCAUCGCUGGCGACGAGCUGACUCAGCCCGAGGCCGACGCUAUCUUCAAGCAAGUAACAGGCCAGUCCAUGCCUAUUGGACCUUGCGUGAUCGCGAAUACGGUGAAGAUGGUGCUGAAGGAUACUGCUGCCGCAACAUGUACCCGGGUAUUAAGGACUUCCGGCAUUGGAUUGAGGAGAACAAGGGAAAGUGGACGAAGUAACUGA